AUGGAUUCGUUGCACAAUACCACCGUGGCGAUAAAUGAAACUAACAUUGAUAACUCAUCGACCCACUACCUUGGAUAUUUGAUCCUGUCUAUUGUCAUGAUCAUUGAGAUGAUUGUGGGCCUGCCAGCAAACAUAGUAGCCUUGUGGAUUUUCUGUUUCCGCAUGAAAUGUUGGAAACCACACACUCUCUUCCUCUUUAACCUGGUUCUAGCUGACUUUCUGCUUCUCAUCAGCGUGCCCUUCCGCAUCAACAACUACCUCCGAGGGGGCUACUGGGUGUUUGGACAGGUCUGGUGUCGCAUCAACCUCUUCAUGCUGGCUGUCAAUCGCUCUGCCAGUAUUGCAUUCAUGACAGCUGUGGCACUGAAUCGCUACUUUAUGGUGGUCCGUCCGCAUCACUACAUCAGCCAUAUGACUUUGACUCAGGCGGGUUGGCUCGCAGGCCUGAUGUGGACUGUUGUGAUCGUCAUACGGAUUCCACUGUUGGCCACCAACCUUCUCACCCAAGAGGGCAACGUCUCCCUGUGUCGUAGCUUCCACUCCUACGUUGAAAUCCCUUUGCCGAUAAAGGUAUACUACGUGACCUUCAUUGCAGAGGUUAUCCUGCCCUGGUUCUUGUUGCUAUUCUGCUCAGCCCAGAUUGCCUUCCACCUGCACCAAAGGCGGAUGGACAGGCAGAAGAGAGUACGCAGGGCCAUGCGGGCAGUAUGGGUGAUUAGUUUGGUGUUCACCGUCUGCUUUAUGCCAAGUAUCCUCACAGGCUUGGGUGGGCUGUACAUCAAGACUUUCCACACCAUGAACAACACAUCUUACAAGCUGAUCACCAAGCUCUUUGAGAUGUGCGUCGGCUUCACCUACCUCAACAGUGCGUUGGACCCUGUCAUCUACUCUUUUUCUAGUUCUAGGUUUCGUGAUGCCCUCAGAUACCGAAGCUUUGUGAAUAAGAAUGUCAGAUCAGCCAACAACCAUUAA